CCUCAAUCCCCCACCACCUCCGGUCACCCGUCCAAUGCCCUCCUCGUCUAGGGACUCUCGUACUCGUCAUGCUCGCCGUCGUUCUCCUCGCUCCCCCCGUGGCCAGGUCGCCCGACAGGGCUCUCUCCUCGGCACCCUCAAAAACAUGAUUACCGCUCCUCUCACCUGGUUCUCCUCCCAGCCCGAGCUCGAAGACGCGGGAAGCAAGAGGAGACGCAUCCCGGAUCCCGUAGAUCGCGAUGAGGACGCAUAUGAGGACGAUCGCCCGAGUGCGAAGCGCAAACGGGUGGACAGCCCCGAGCCCGCCCCGCGCGCCCCCACGCAGCCCACGCGUACCAAUCAGGGCUACCUCGACAUCCCGGAGGGCUUUAUACCCAGACAAUCGGCCUCCCGGGCUCGCCUGAAGGCACCCGCAAUGCAAGCCCGGGCAUCGUCGUUCGCCCCGUCGAUUUCUGUCCCCGUGAUGGAGAACGUCCACCUCGCCCGUCGCACGGCCUCGCCGACCAUCAGCGCGUCGUUCUCUCAACCUGUUGCGAUCCAGCGCACCCAGUCCAUGGAUCCGCCGGCCUAUCGCCCGAUAUCGCUCUCCCGCGAUGUGUCGAUGGAGGGGGGACUGCCAGGUUCCGCCACCCGUGAGAUGUCGAUGGAGGGGGGACUACCAGGUUCCGCCACCCGUGAUGUCACUAUGUCGCCCACCCGCAACCGUUCGUUCCAGCUUCGUGCCAGGCACUCACUGACUCCUCAGCCGAGCGGACAGUCAUUUGGGCCCGCUCCUCAGCAGAGAGGCAGGGAUGCAUCUGAGCCGCCACCGCUUGCGUCACUCAUUUCCAAGCCGGUCUUCGUGAGGCCCCCACCGCAGCUCCAGCAAACUUACGUAGAGCAGCCGACUACCCUCGGCUCCCUGGCCGAAUCAAAGGGACACACGAGUCGUUCUCCUUUGCGCCAGCACAGCAGUCUGUAUUUUGGCACUCGCCCCGGCUCCAUCGCUGAAAGCAGCUCUACGUCGUACUUUGCCCAAGUGAAUGCCGCAGAGAAAGCGUUACACGACCUCGAUGUCUACAAGACGCCGCUCCUUCCGUCGCGUCUCCGCGGUUCGCAGACGAUCCCCGACAUGUUCAAGCCGAAGAAGUCACACGCGCCUGUCCUCAUGCGUAACGAGCGCGAGCGCAAGCCUCGUCUCGGCACGUCCGAGAAGCUGUCGGAGGACGAGCAGCCUACCGCCUCCAAGCCGUACGCAGGCCGCGGUGGAAUGAAGAAGAUGCUAGCGAAGCGCAAGAUGGAGGAGCGUGAGGAGCGCGAACGCGAGCGCGCUAGUGCUAUUGAGACCGACCAGGACGAAGAGGUUGAUGGUCCUCACAAACCUGCCCCUAAGCCUGUCGAGUCUGAGAAUAUACCGACGCAGAAGGCCGCGCCCCCAGUCACGCUGCCGGAAUCUGCACCCCCCAUGCGUCCUGUAGGAGGUCGUGAGCAGUCGUCGCUCCGUGUUGGCCGCACUCGCACUUCUCGCAACCAUAUUGCUCGCCCGAUCUCGAAGGCGAGCAACCGGUUCUCUGCUGCGUUCGACGAAGAUGAGGGCGACGAUGCGAUGUUCGACGAGAAUCGGGAGCAGGCCGCAGCCGAGGAGCCGAAGAAGCUGCCUACGCUCUUCGAGAGCCCCAAGGGCUUCACGUUCGCUCCGGAGAAAGCACCCGUCUUGCAAGACGCUGGGAAGGCGAAGGAGCCGCCGAUCCUUGCUUUGCCGUUCUCGCUCACCAAGCCCACUGCUGCGGCCCCGGCUCCUUUGGCCCAGCCGUUCUCGUUCGGUGAGCCCGCCAAGGCCCCUCAAUCUGCACUCUCGCCUCCUGCGAAGGAUGAGAAUGCGUCGCUGGCCGUUCCAGCGACCUCGCUGUUCCCGGCAGUGCCGUCCAUUUCGCUCAUACCGCCCAGUCCUGUUCCGCCGAAGCCCGAGACAGCAGCCUCCACCGGUGCACCGGCUAUCCCGAACUUCUUCGCUAACUCGUCCAUCUUCUCCAAACCGAAUGUCAAUAUCGCCCCGCCAACGCCGUCGGCAGUUGAGAGCAACGUACCUGAGAGUGCUAGUAAAACCGAGAGUGCCCCUGCAGCUCCCGCUCAGGCUGCUCCUCCUGUAGCUGCUACUCCGUUCUCAUUCGGCAACCCGGGUGGGUCGUCUUUGUUUGGCGGUAGCAACCAGCAGAAAGAAACGCCGAAGGAGGAGCAACCCAAACCCGCAGCACCCUCUCUCUUUGGGACUGGCAGCGCGUCCAGCCCUUUCUCGUUCGGAAGCAACUCAUCGAUCUCGUCGUCGAGCUCUUCUGUGCCCUCGUUCUUCGGGUCUUCCACAGCGCUCAAGGAGACCACCACGGCACAACCCGCGAGUUCGUUCUUCACUAGCCCACCUGCAACCACAGAAGCGCCCAAGACGGCUCCAGUCGUCCCUGCGCCGACGCCCGCUCCCGCAAGCACGCCCUUCUCUUUCGGCGCACCUGCGAAGCCCGCCGAGCCUCCCGCGCCUUCCACAAGUCCCUUCAGCUUCGGCGCUCCGCCCGCGAGUACGCCUGCUCCGGCGCCGGCCGUAUCUCCAGCGCCAUUCUCGUUCGGCGCGCCCAAAGUAGAGCCUGCCAAGGAACCUGCGCACAACACGCUUUUCGGCAGCAGCGAGCCCGCGAAGCCAUCGCUCUUUGGUGCGCCGGCACCCACCCCAUCGCCUUUCGGAGGUAGCCAGCCGGGCAGCGCUCACUCGGAGUCGGCGCCUAAGAGUCCCUUCACGUUCGGACAGCCUCCACCGACCAACACAACAGCCAAGAUCGAGGCACCGAAGCCGCUGUUCCCCUCAACGUCGUCUGGGGGCACUGGGGGAUUCUCCUUCGGUGCACCGACUGCUGCUGCGCCUCCAGCUGCGCCCGCGAAGUCUCCUUUCUCCUUCGGAGCUUCUCCCGCGACUCCUCCGGUCACCACUACUGAGAACAAGGUUGGCUUCACCUUUGGCGCACCAUCUCCUGCGCCUCAGGUGUCGGCGCCGACAACGCUUUUCGGUGGUCAUUCUUCGGGCAGUAACGGCGCUGAUGUAUCGCACAAGCCGUUCGGAUUUGGCGCCCCGGCGCGGCCUGCCACUCCCCCCAGGCAAGAGCAGGAGAUGCGCAUGGAGGAGAGCCCGAUCCGUGGGGGCGGUAUGGACAUGAAUGGACAUGACCAGCAACAGGGCCUGAAGCCAUCAACGGCUUUCUCGUUUGGCGCGCCUAGUGGCUCGUCUGGCGCCUCGCCGUUUGGGCAGCCCACUCAGCCCGCCGCAUCGCCGUUCUCAUUUGGUGCGAAGACAGAGCCCAAGCCGGAGACUAAGCCCGCCGCGCCGUUCUCCUUUGGUCAUAGCACGUCAUCAGGUGGCGGCUUCGGCUUUGGUCAGAAGCCUGCGGAGAGCACGCAGUCCCCCAUCUCCCCUGCGCCGUUUGGAUCGUCCACGCCGUUCGGUCAGGCUUCGAACCCGCCCCCGUUGACUACAUCUGGCUUCUCGUUCGGCGCUCAGAGCGCCCCUUCCUCAGGGUUCGGCCAGGCAUCCUCGACGCCCGCGAGCCCGUCGACGUUCGGUCAACCAGCACCGUUUUCGUUUGGCACCCCGACCUCCACCACCGCACCCUCAAACCCGUUCGCGUUCGGCAGCCAACCGGCGUCGCCCGCGACUGGUAACACAGGGCUGCCACAGCCGCCAGGGUCAUCCUCGGGCCCCGGUUUCGCAUUUGGACAGCCGAGUCCCGCGGCGUCGCAGUCCCCCGCAUCACCCUUCGGGGCCGCUCCUCCCGCGCCCGGCGGGGGCGUUGCCUUCACCAUGGGUUCUGCUGCCCAGUCCCAGGCCUCCGGUCCCCGCACCAUAAAGAAGCUCCCCACUCGCAGGGGUGGGCGCCAACGCUGAUAUCAUAUCUCGCUCUCUUUCAAGUUUCGUUCCGCGAUUUCCUUCUCGUUCUUACGUUAUUCUCCUUCUCCCUGUCAACCUCUCACAAGAACUCUCCACAUGCAUAACACCACACAUACAUACAUCGUAUACGCUAUACAUAGUCCGCCUCUCUUUUCUUGUCUUCCUAGCUUGCCAUCCCCAUCGUCCCGUCGUGCGUCACCCCGUCGUCCCUGUUGCCAGUUACCAUCACCAUCCCGUUUUCCAGAAGUUCCCCUUGUUCUUCCCCUCUCUCCUUUCUUUGUUUGUCUGCAUCACGUCGUCUGCUCGUAGUCUCAUCGGGUGAAUCCCGCUCAUCGAUCCGUCGUCAUCUGGCUGAAGGCCAACAUCUCAUGCACGUAGUAGCAUUGCAUCGCAUCGCAUCAUAGUAGCUAGUCAGUAGGUAGGUAGGUAGGUAGUUAGGUACAGGUUAUGUUAGAUAGCUGUCAUCUCGUCCGCACGCGUAUUUCUCGGGCUGAAGGCCCAUCAUCAUCAUGCAUCGCGUAGUAGUAUAUCAUUGCACAUCCCCGCGCGGACUUGGUGUACAUAGUAGGAGGCCGGUUGGGCGUCUCAGAUAUGUAUCCUCGUUUCUCC